AUGCAGGGGGGGGGCCCCCCGGGGGGCCCCCCGGGGUCUGAGGGCGCGGGCGACAGCGACAGUUCGCGGGCCCUCACGGAGCGUCCCCCAGUGAAGACUCAGCGGUUUAAACCCCUCCGAUUCAGCGACUUAGCUGGACUGGCGGAAGCAAAAGAAGAACUGCAAGAAACCAUUCAGUGUUUGAAGUUUCCAAACAAAUUCAAACAGUUGGGCGCGAGGCCCCCCAGGGGCGUUCUGCUUGUGGGGCCCCCCGGCACGGGCAAAACAGCCCUCGCGAGGGCCGUUGCCACAGAGGCGCAAGUGCCGCUGCUGUACGCGUCGGGCUCGGAGUUUGUGGAGGUUUAUGUGGGCCAGGGGGCCCGCAAAGUGCGGCAGCUGUUUGCUGCAGCAAGAAGGGGGGCCCCCCUGAUACUUUUCAUAGACGAGUUGGACGCAGUGGGGGCCCGCAGGGGCCCCGGGGGGCCCCCCGGGGGGGCCCCCGGGUCCCGCGAACACGAACAAACCCUCAACCAACUCCUGGUGGAACUCGACGGCUUCCAAGGGGGGGGGGGUGGGGUUGUUGUACUUGCUGCAACCAACCGCGUGGAUGCGCUGGACCCUGCGCUCCUCAGGCCCGGGCGUUUUGACCGCAUUGUGCACGUGCCGCUGCCCGACCGAAGCGCCCGAGAAGCCAUUUUGAUGAAGUAUUUGCAAAAGAUUCCUUUGGGGGCCCCCGAGGGUUUGGGGGCCCUCGAGGGUGUGGGGGCCCCCCAGGCUCGGGGGGCCCCCGAGGGUUCGGGGGGCCCCCAGGCGACAAAGGGGGGGCCCCCAGGAGCCCCUCCGGCCAGCAGCAGCAGCAGCAGCAGCAGAAGUGCUGCUGCGAGCAGGAAGAAACACAGCAGCCCCUCGCACGUGCUCGCCCCCAACAGCGCCAGCAGCAGCAGCAGCAGCAGCAGCAGCAGCAGCACCAGCAGCAGCAGCGAGGUGGAGGGGGAGGGGCAGGGGGCCCUGCACAAAGCCGUGGCUAGCCAGCUAGCCAAACUGACUCCGGGCUUUUCUGGGGCGGAGCUGGAGAACCUCGUGAACGAAGCAGCCUUGCUUGCAGCCCGCGCUGACAAGGGUUUCGUGGGGGUUUCGGAGCUGCUGGAGGCGCGGGACAAAGUGAGUUGGGGCCCCUCGAGGGUUUCGCUGCUGCGCAAUUUGCUGCUGCGGCAGCAAACUGCAACACACGAAGCUGGCCACGCAGUUGUGGCUUUCCACCUGCAGCCAGCAGCAGACCCCAUCCACAAGGCCACCAUUGUUUCCAGGGGAAAUGCGCUCGGGCUCGUCGAGCAGCUGCCCGCAGAGGAGCGCUACGGGGCCUCGUUCGCGGAGUUGUUUGCGCGUCUCUGCGUGUGCAUGGGGGGCCGCGCAGCAGAAAGAAUAGCUUUUGGAGCAGCAGCAAUUUCCACAGGAGCUGCUUCCGACAUUUAUGCAGCAACACAGCUAGCUUUCAAGAUGGUGGCUAGCUGGGGCAUGAGCAAACUGCUGGGGCCCCUGGCCUACAAUGCUGCGGCCAGGGAGCUUUUCCUCAGCCCCGAAACCGCCAGACAGGUCGACCUCGAGGUGCGUUCGUUGGUGACGCGCGCGGAGGCGGUGGCGGAGGGUUUGCUGCGGCGGCACUGGGGCUCCGUCUGCGUCUUGGCAGCAGCACUUUUGGAAAAAGAAACUUUAAUGGGAGAAGAAAUUGCAAACUUAAUUGACCCCACAGGAAAGUGGAGGCAGCAAAUCCAAAGAGACAAACACCUCGCCGUCCUCACGGCCCAGGAGACCACCAGGGGCCCCUGGGGGCCCCUCGUGGGGCCCCCCAUCGCCCGCCUCAGGGCCUUCUGGCAAAGGCUCACCGGCACGGCCCCGGGGGGCCCGCCGGGGGGCCCCCCUGGGGGCCCCCGCGGGGGGCCCCCAGGGGGCUCUCAGGGGGGGGCCCUGGAGGACGGCCAGGAGCGGGGGGAACAGGAAAAGGACCAGCAAGGCAAGCGAAGCAGCAGCAGCAGCAGCAGCAGCAGCGCCGAGGCUCAGACAGAAGAGCCGGUUCCAGAUGAAGCUGCUACUCCGCAGCAGCAGCAAUGGCAAGGGCAGCAGCAGCAAAGAAGCGUCGAAGAGAUAAAUGGCAGCAGCAGCAGCAGCAGCAGCAAAUACAACGCAGAGGAGCUGGUAGAGCCUAUUGACCUCCCCUCCGUUCCGGCUGAAGACCAGACGGCGCUGCAGCAGCUGCAGCAGCGCUUGCUGCAGCAGCUGCAGCAGCUGCAGCAACAGAGCAGCAGCAGCAGCAGUAGACUCUACACCCUCGCUGACGAGCCCCUUUUCGCCGGUUUAGGGCCAGAGCUAGAUCAGCAGCAGCAGCAGCAGCCAGUGCACGAGCCGCUGCAGCAGCAGCAGCUGCUGCUGGCGCAGCAGCCAUAUGUUACUGAGGCGAAGCCACACCAAACUGAUGUGGAGUUGUAA